AUGCGUACCAACUUUGUCCUGGAGUUGUCGAUGCAGCACCCGGAGGCGGCGGAGGCCAUGGCAAUCUUCAGGAAGUGGUACGCAUCCUCAGCCCUGCUGCUCUUGUCCCUUCGUCUCAAACCGGCCCGCCCCGAGUGGUCGCUGCUGAUCAAGGAGAUCUUGGAGGCGGUGGGCAUGUCGACCAUCAUAGAGAGCGAAGCUGCCUUUGUCUUGGACACUGGCAUGCAGCUGUACCAGGAGAUCAAGAAGACCAAGGCAGGUCUCAGACUUGGAGGGGUCGUGACGGCUGUGUCAUGGCUUUCUCGUCGACAAAGCUUGAUGACAAGGCUGACUUUCCUUAAUGUGGUCAAGCAGGCGGUUGACAAUACACAGCUGGGCUGGCUGUCUUGGAGGAUCAGGCGCUGUCUUGAGCGCUUGUCCUUUGCGCUGGCUCUCUUGGACGCCUGCUACCUGCUCAUGCCGAAAAAGCUCGCUGAGGCAACUGCAAAUCCUGUUGGCAAGUCGUUACGAAAGACGCGAUGGAAGGGCCUGCGGCAGGAGUCAAACAGGGCCUGCCGUAGGUAUGCUGACAUGAGCACCUGCUGCAAGGAGUACGAGGAUGCUAAGAGGUCUAUGUUGGAGCUUGUCUUCGCCCCUUGCGGUGCCAUCGCUGGGAGCGACAUCAAUUGGAUCGAGAAAACAGAUGAGGAGAUCGUUGCUGCAACGAUGAAGGAGCUCGAAAGGCUCUUCCCGGACGAGAUUGGUGUCGCACUGCCCGGCGGCGCACAGCUGCGCAAGGCGAGGGUGGUGAAGGUACCACGCAGCGUUUACGCUGCAGUCCCAGGACGCAACAAGUUCCGGCCUUCUCAGGCAACACCCGUGCCCAACUUCACCUUGGCGGGCGAUUGGACUAGCCAGAAGUUCUUGGGCAGCAUGGAGGGAGCCGUGCUGGCGGGCAAGUUGGCCGCAGAGGUGAUUUGCGACCGUGCCAGGGGGAUCAAGGAGGGCGGUGGCUGGGAGCAGCUCAGGGGAGCCUUGGAUCAGGCCUUCGCGACUUCCGACGAGCUCUCCGAACCCUGGGCACUAUGGCGACUUCCGGGCGAGUUUCGGGCGCGGGUCAGGCGGAGGCGGAGACUCCACAGACAGGACCCGCAUGUGAGCAUGGCGCCCAGCGGAGGCUUGCGUAUGAUGGCAGUUAGAUUGAACAGCAAACCAUCUCUGUGGGAGUGA